UUGCGAAAAUUGUAAAAUGGUAGAGGACUUUUCGACUCAGUUUAUUCCGCUCUAUCCCUAUGCGAGAGUUUUAUCGUUACUUAUCAACAUCCUGUAUGUAUCUUUGUGUGUAUCAAAUAAAAUUUUUUUAAUGUAAUCUUAAAUAAUAUUGAAUGCGCGAGAAACCAAAACUAUAUUAUCCAUCGAAAAAAUUCAUAAAUGUAACUAUGUAGUUCAUUCCUUAAAUACUAGGGGAGCUUAGAUUUAAAAGAUGGCUGCACUCAGUUUUUUAUAACAGCAUGUAUCUGUUGAAUGACAAAUUAUAAGAACGUUUUUCUUUAGCAAAAGUGUGUGAUAUUCAACAAUUCGUCGGUAUUUAACUUAAAUUACUUGACACUGAUGCGGUGACAGAACUGACAGGUAUCGAACAUGUUUCAACGUUGUUGCUCACUCAUGUCGACGGCACGACCGGUCGCGAUAGAUUUAAUUAGAUUUGUCUCAAGAAGCGAUGGGUCGAGACAAUGCGUAUCGAAGGAGCUCGAAAGAGACGUCGAAAGCGCUUCCUCUAAAUCGAGUGUCUUGUCAGAACCACCAAAGACCGAGGAUGAAAAUUAUGCGCUAGAACCGCGACCUAACCUGAACAAUACUACAAACAUAGCUUCGUUUGCUCGCGAAGACUAUCUAGAUGAUAGUGACAUAAAAUUGCCGCAUCCUCUGGACGUUUGCACCGAAGACCUGUCAGACAUUGGUCCGCCUCUUACUCCGACCUUCAGUUUCGCUAAAUAUGCGAACAAGUCCCGCACGAUUCAGAAGCUGGUAGACCUUGGAGUCAGUUUGUACAAGUUUGAGGCAAAAGAAGGGAUGGUACAGUAUAUCCUGAACCUUGACUUCGAUCACAUGAAACCAUAUAUAACAUUCCUACAUGACUGCGGAGUACCUGCGGAUUACUUAGGUACAUUCAUUACAAAAAAUCCAAACAUCUUCAAGGAGGACAUGGACGAUCUACACACGAGAAUAAGAUACUUGAGGGCACAUAAUUUCAGCGUGUCGAUGAUAAAGACAAUAAUCUGCAAGAAUCCCAACUGGCUCUCGUUCAGUACAAAGGAUAUAGAUGGCAGGCUCGGUUACUUCCAGAGCAACUUCAAGCUCAAUGGCAAUGAAAUCAGAAACCUAACAGUCAAGGGACCCAAAGUAGUAACAUUUAGGAUGAUACAUCUAAUGCAAAACACAUUCAGUAUAAGGGAGGAGAUGGGUUUCGAUCAGAUGCAAGUGAAGAAAUUGCUUCUCACCCUGCCCAGGCUAUGGAGCAAGAAUCGUGACAGAUUGCUAAGUACGUUCGAUUAUGCUCACAGCGAAAUGCAGUUGCAACAUGAUUUUAUUACGCGGAUGCCACAUAUUUUACUUUGUCGAAAAACUAGACUCCAACAAAGGCAUUUGUUUCUGGUGGAAAUGAAAAGGGCACAGUAUGAUCCUUCUAAACCAAUACGAAACGGAAACAGCAGACGGCGCAACUGUCUUUUCGAUCACGUUGCAAAACCAUCAUGGCACCUUCUCGAUAUUGUAAUACGAUUGCGAUGCAUUGAGGAAUUCCGGCUGCAUGAUGCCAGUGGUACCUGGAGGGGCCUAUCAACAAGGACCGACUUGUUUCGAUAGAAUGAAAUUAGGUUUUACAAUUGGAUUUUGC